AUCUUCAACAUCUGCAUCAUCUCCACCAUGAAGACGCUGACUCUGUCUGCACUUCUUUGUGCCAUGAUGGCUCUGACCAGAGCUGCUGUUCUUCCAGACGCAGAGGCUGGAAACUGGACCAACUCGUUCAGUCCAACAGAAGAGAAUCAUGUUGUCAAGAGGUCCACAUCAUGUCCAAAAGAUUGGACUCCUUUUGACGGUCGAUGUUAUCUCUUCGUUCAACAACCCAUGAUUUGGGCUGUGGCUGAGAGAAACUGUCACUCUUUGGGUGGAAACCUCGCAUCUGUUCAAAACUCCAAGGAGUCCGGUGUGAUUCAGGCGGUGAUGACAUUGAGCAACACUCAAAAUCAAGUAAUAGCUUGGCUUGGAGGGUCUGAUGGACAACAGGAGGGACAUUGGUUCUGGAGUGACGGAACGCCUUUCCACUUUACUCAGUGGUGUCCUGGACAGCCUGAUAACGCUGGUGGUCGUCAGAACUGUAUUGGUUUUAAUUUUAGAGACUCGAAAUGCUGGGAUGACCUCUAUUGUGAUUGGCAGUUCCCAUCUAUCUGUGUCAGAGAGGAAUGAUAAAAGCAUGUGUUUGUGUAUCUGAGAGGAAAUUCGUCUCUCUCCAGCCACCAGUCUCAUAUUUGACCUGAAUUCUCUUUAUCUCGAUUUACAUCUUUAUUUCUUCUCUAUCGCUGUAACGCUACUUAAGGAAAGAAGCGACAAGUGACAUAAACAGCAGCUGGAUUGUCUCUGUCUCUUUAAUACGAGCAGACUGAAUGUGUAAUGAAAAGAAAGCUUUUAGCACAACUUUA